CGCGAGACGCCGGCCGCGCCAGACGCCAUGUACGUCGCCAUUUUGUUUGUGUUAUUCGCCGCUGCGCACGCGCAGACAGUGCCCGUGGUGCCCACAGUUAAUACCACGCAAGGUGUUAUUAUCGGUGCCUACAAUAAUGGCAUCGCGAACUUCUAUGGGAUUCACUACGCCGGCCCCGCGUCGGGAAGCAAUAGAUUUAAGAACCCAACGCCUGCACCGGUUUACCCGGGAGAGUACCACGCUGUCGACAACAACAUCAUCUGCGCUCACCCCACCCCGAGAGGCCUAGUGGGAGUCGAAGACUGUCUGGUGCUGAGCAUCCAUACGAACAACCUCGCCGCUUCCAAUCCGGUCAUGGUUUGGCUGGAAGGGGAGGACUACGACACGAUCAGCAACAUUCCUUACUCGUACGACAACCUGGUGCAACAGGAUAUCGUAUUCGUGUCAGUAAACUAUAGGCUGUCGAUCUUCGGAUUCCUCUGCCUCGGCGUACCCGAGGCGCCAGGAAACGUCGGCUUGAAGGAUGUAGUCCAAGCCCUGACGUGGAUACAACAGAACAUCGCUGGCUUCGGCGGAAAUCCGGGAAAUGUUAUGCUUUUUGGUCAUGGAUCGGGAGCUGCUAUGGUGGAUCUCAUCACGCUGUCUGGAAAGGCCGAUGAAUUAGUUCAUAAGGCGAUGGUUUUGAGUGGAUCCGCUCUGUCCCCAAGCGCUGUAGCAUACGAGCCUGUAGCUUACGCCCAUGCAGUUGGAGACAAAAUGGGUUACACGGGUAAAACUAACAGUGAACUAGCCGAAUUACUCUCCUCGACCGCUACUGACCUGCUGGUGAAUGCGAUUAAUGAUUUCGAGUUCUACAACAACACGCCCUUAUUCGCUCCGUGCGUUGAGAACCCUCAACUGAACAACGACACAUUCUUAACGGACUCCCCAAUCAAUAUCUUGAGAUCCGGGAACUACAGCCACGUUCCUUACAUAAUCGGCUACGUGGACCGGGAGGGGACAAUUCGGGCGCAGCAGGCGCUAUUCUCGAAUUGGCUCACCAAAAUGGAGAGCAAUUUCUCAGACUUUUUGCAAGCGGACCUGAAAUUUGAGUCCGAAACCAACAAGACUGCGGUAGCUCGUACCAUUCGCGAGUUCUACUUCGCCCAGAGCUAUGUGGGCUUGGCGACGAUAGAAGACUUCUUGGACUACCAGGGUGACUCGCUUAUAACCAUGGCCGUGAUUAGGGGAGCUCGCGAGAGGGCUGCGACGUCCAGGGCCGACGUCAGGAUCUUCGAGUUCGCGUACAAGAGGACAGUCGAUCCGGAGUGGGCAUACCCGCAGAUCCAGUUGACAGGGGUGAGGCACGGGGGCCUCCUCAGUUACGUGUUCGACUACAACCUUUCCACCCUUGAAAUCUCUCUACGGAACUUGCUGACAUCCCGUAUCGCGAUGUUCGCGCGUACUGGGUCCCAAGGCGGUUACCCGAACUUCACGAUGUGGGAUCCUAUAUCAUCAUCAGGCGUCUUCCACCUGCUGUACAUCAGUGGCGGGGAGGUGUCCACCAACGUGACCAUUGGAAAGGAGGAGGCGAGAGGGAACAUAAGAGAGGAGACGACCAACUUCUGGAAUAGCAUCUACAAUGCCCACUACAGGGCACCUACACCUAUAUCAGGUGCUACGAGUGCUCGUUUAGCGUUUAGUCUCGUACCAAUAUUUAUUGCACUGCGCUUGCUUUUGAAUUAGAUUUUUAUAAGAAAUGAUUGUGGUUAUUACUAUAACUAUUAGUAGAUGGAUGGUCAGUGCAAUUGAUUCAUUCACAGAUUAGACAUGGAGGACAUACGUAAAUUGGACGGGCUAUACCAAGCCGACAGAUCUAGCCAAAAUAGACUUAACAAACACGUAGGUCAGCCAUCUACAUAAAAAUCAGUUUCACCAGCGACCACAUAACCCAAAGUUUCACUGAUAGAAUUGUGUCAUAAACAAGCAUUUUUUGAAACUGCGAACAUUUUCAAAAAAGAUUUUUUA